UGUAUGAUGUCUACAGUCAGCUGACAGUCUACAGUCUACAGUCUACAGUUAAGUCUGAACGUUGAGAGUUGAGACAUAUGACCACACCGCGUGACGAAGUGUUAAGUGUUAAUAAAAGUUGAAAAACUUGAAAAGCUGCAACUACGUCAUUCAAGGUUAAUUUAUUUUCUGAAAGCAGUUAUUUAUUGCAAUGUCGACCAAAAAACCUGAAGCUACUGUGCCAAAUAGCAUCAAAUUUCUUAUUGGAGGAACAUCAGGAAUGGCUGCAACAUGCUUUGUUCAACCUUUGGACUUGAUCAAGAAUCGUAUGCAAUUGAGUGGACAGAAGACAUCGACCUUAAGCGUAGUCUCUUCAAUUGUUAAAAAUGAAGGUUUUUUUGCUAUGUAUUCUGGCCUAAGCGCUGGAUUAUUACGACAAGCGACGUAUACAACAACAAGAUUAGGAGUUUAUACAUGGCUUUUUGAAAUUGCUUCGAAAGACUCACAGCCUAACUUUUUCGUUAAAGCUGGUCUGGGAAUGGCUGCCGGUUGUGUUGGAGCUUUUGUAGGUACUCCAGCUGAGGUUGCUUUAAUUCGAAUGACUGCUGACGGACGACUUCCAAUAUCCGAGCGACGAAUGUAUAAAAAUGUUUUCGAUGCUUUAUUCCGAAUAAUUAGAGAAGAAGGAAUUUUGACACUCUGGAGAGGCGCGAUACCAACAAUGGGUCGUGCUAUGGUUGUAAAUGCUGCUCAAUUAGCAUCAUAUUCUCAAGCUAAACAAGCUUUACUUGAUUCUGGAUACUUCGAAGAAAACAUUAUGCUCCAUUUCACUAGCUCAAUGAUUUCCGGAUUAAUAACAACAGCCGCAUCAAUGCCAGUUGACAUUGCUAAAACACGUAUUCAAAAUAUGAAAAUGAUUGAUGGCAAGCCUGAAUAUAAAGGAGCUUUCGAUGUACUGGGAAAAGUCGUCCGUAGCGAAGGAAUUUUUGCUUUGUGGAAAGGAUUCGUACCAUAUUAUGCUCGAUUAGGGCCUCAUACUGUUCUUACAUUUAUCUUCCUCGAACAAAUGACAGCUUCUUACAAAAAAUUUUCUUCUAAUUAAAUUCUCAUCAGCACAUUCAAACAUAAACGUGUAAUUUUCUUAUAUUAAUUGGUACUUUCAUUUUAAAUUU